AUGACGGCAGUAGACACCAAAAUCUCUCCAUUACUAAAAGACCGCUUCGUACCGAUUUGUUAUGCUUUGCAAGUUGAAAGUGAAAUACGCUUCAAACGUCUGUCUUCCUUUGUUGUGUUUCACGGGAGCAACGUUGAAGCGUCAGUGUUUGUCGAAGAGACAGCUAAUGAAGAAGAGCUGAGACAAAAGCUUUUAGAAUGGAAGAAUGGAUUAGAAUUCCUCGAAAGCCAUCACAUAGUCGCUUUCCGUCUUCAUAAAGUUAAUGUUGAGCCAGAGAAUAGUGAGAAGAUAUUCAGUGAAAUAUUUGGCAUCGAACUGAGUACCUUACGCUUACCAAUGUCUGAUAGAUAUGAAACUGGUUCAAUUCACUUCAAUUCGCACUCAAAGGCUGAGAAACUUCUAGGCCCUACGUAUGCAAUUGUUGGUUUCAAAAAAAUUUAA